AUGGAGGCACCCAGGGACAGGGUGCCUGUGAACCAGACCUACGCACGCGGGAGACUUGCCCCAAUCCCGGUACAAGCACGCCUCUCCUUCUCUGCGGGAGAGGAGACGCGGACCAGCCCACCACAGGCCCACUACACUGUAAACCCUGACAACCACGACUCCGUGAAGCUGAUCAAGUUCGCGGACGACACCACCCUCAUUGGACUCAUCUCCAACAACGAUGAGUCCGCCUACAGGAGGGAGGUGGACCGGCUGGUGUCCUGGUGCAGUGGUAACAACCUGGAGCUGAACGCCCAGAAGACAGUGGAGAUGAUUGUGGACUUCAGGAAGAGCACUGUCCCCCCACCCCCACCCUCCGUGAUGGACUCCCCCAUCACCUCUGUGGAGUCCUUCCGUUUCCUGGGCACCACCAUCACCCAGGACCUCAAGUGGGAGCCGACCAUCAGCUCCCUCAUCAAGAAGGCCCAGCAGAGGAUGUACUUCCUGCGGCAGCUCAGGAAAGCCAAGCUGCCUGCACAGAUGUUGGUGCAGUUCUACACGGCCAUCAUCGAGUCCAUCCUCACCUCCUCCGUCACCGUGUGGUUCGCUGGAGCCACAGUCAGGGACAAACAGAGACUACAGCGCAUUGUGCGCUCUGCAGAGGAAGUGAUCGGCCGCAGCCUUCCAUCGCUGCAGGACCUGGCGGCCCUGGUUACUCCCUCGGCAGACCCCAGUUGGGAUCGGUCUGCAGGAGGAUGA